AUGCUGCUGACAUGGUAUUGUAAUCUUCCUCUGAUCAAAGGAGACAUGGUCACUUCAAGAGAAAUUCUGAGUUCAUCUUCUGGUGGUUCUGGUGGUGAAGAAAUAAAAAUAUAUGGAGACUUAAAUGCCCGGCUACCCAGGAAAGAAUUCUCCCCAGAUGCCCAGAAGAUACCCUUCUUACACCGGGAAAUCCACACCCCAGACCCUCCAGCCUGGGACUUAGCCACAGUAGCAUCUAAUCAGGGCUUGGUUUCAGGUCCUUUUGAGUCACCCCAGAUCAGAGUACUUUGGAUUUCAAGUGUCACUGGAUUGACCCUUUCCCCCAAAAUGGUACUGAAGGAAGAGGUUGUCCCUUUCAAGACAGAAGCCAAGUCCAAGGCCUUGAAGGCCAAGAAGACAGUCUUGAGGGAUGUUCAUAACCACAAAAAGAAGAAGAUCCAAACAUCCCUCACCUUCUGGCAACCCAAGACACUAAGAUUUCAAAGACAGCCCAAAUGCUUUCAGAAAAGUGUCUAUAGGUGAAACAAACUGGAUCAUAAUGCUAUCAUGUUACCCUCCACCACUGAGUCUGCUAUGAAGCAGAUUGAAGACAACAUCCUCAUUUUCAUUGUGAAUAUCAAGGCCAACAAGCAUCAGACCACACAGGCAGUAAAGAACCUAUAUGACACCAGUGUGUCCAAGGUCAACACACUAAUCCAACCUGAUGGAGAAAAGAAGGCCUAUGUCCAAUCUGCUCCAGACCAUGAUGCUUUGGAUGUUGCCAACAAAAUUGGAAGCAUCUAA